AUGGUCAGCUCCUCCUCCGACGCUAGGCUCGACGAGAAUCCCGAACGGCGGCCCGCCGCCCCAUUAAUGACCCCAGCUACUCCGCCUUCUGCAGGCGCCGGCCUCUGCCAGACCUGCCCAGCCGGCCUCACUGUCCACCGAGCCGGUCGGCGACUGCCCCAGCCCGUGCCUCCCGCUGGGCGAGCCGGAGAGGGAGGUCCGCUCCGGGGCUCGCCACCCUGCAAACCGCGCAGGCCGCGGCGCCCAAGCCUCACCGGUCCCCGACUCGGGCUCAGCGGCCCAUCCGGCCGGCCUCUUCUCGGGGCGCUGCAGGAGCAGGGUCGCGGCCCGGGACGCAGGGAUUGGUCCGCGCGGGAGCUUCUCGCCUCCCGCACCGCCUCCUGCCUCAGCUGCCACCUCCGUACCCCCGCCCUCGGCCCGUGGAGCCGAACCUCCGCCAGACCAGGACGGAAGGCUUCGAGGAGGUCAGCAGGAGUCUGGCCACCUCUCCAGUACGCCCCCAGGAGUCAGACUCCAGCUUCGCAGGCAGUAGGCUGGCAUUUGGAGCGGUGUCUCCCCGCUGCUACCCCACCCCUUCCCACCUCCUCGCCCCACUCCGCUCUCUCCCGAGCCGUCAGUCUCUCCAUUGCCCCCUCCCGGUCUCGUCCUUCCUCCCGCCCCGCUCGCUCUCCCGCCCUUCGCUUUCAUCCUCCUAUCCCCACCUCUCCAACCUCCUCUUUCAUCCCCCUCCCCUCUCCUCUCCUCCCCGCUCCCGCCUGCCCCACCCCUGGGAAGCCCCUCCCGUCGGGCAGCGCCGCCUUAAAAGCGGGUUCCCUUGCCGGGGGCGGCAGCGGCUGGUCGGCGGCAGCUCUGCUGGUGCGGGGGCGGCGAGCAAGACCGAGCGACCGCGACCGGAGCGCGCCGGCCACCGCCCGCAGCACCCUCCCGCCCGCCCUCCGGACGGCCGCAGCUCUGCGGGUCUCGGCUCGGGACCCACCCCCGCUCCACCCCGCGCGCCUCUGCCGCCUCUUGCAGCGAGCCUGCUUGCCGAGCGGCCGUCGCUGCCACUGUCGCCGCCGCCACCGCGCCAAGUUCCGGCCGCGGCCACCCUCCGCCGUCCAGGGCCCCUCCGUCUCGGCCCCGGGACCCCGGCUCCCCGCCAGCCCCGGCCCCGGCACCAUGUCGGAGAAGAGCGUGGAGGCAGCGGCCGAGCUGAGCGCCAAGGACCUGAAGGAAAAGAAGGAGAAAGUGGAGGAGAAAGCUGGCCGGAAAGAACGGAAGAAAGAAGUAGUGGAGGAGGAGGAGAAUGGAGCUGAGGAGGAAGAAGAAGAAACUGCUGAGGAUGGAGAAGAUGAUGAUGAAGGAGAUGAAGAAGAUGAGGAAGAAGAAGAGGAGGAGGAUGAAGGCCCAGUGCGAAAGAGAACUGCUGAAGAGGAGGAUGAAGCAGAUCCCAAGAGGCAGAAGACAGAAAAUGGGGCGUCGGCAUGAGCCCCUGCUUGUGGGCUUGGGGAUGGGAGGCCCCUCAGGUCCUGGAGGUGGGGCAGGAACACACACAUACAGCCCCCCUUCUCCUGGCUCCCCGCUCUGGCCCUGCCCCAGAGCUGUGACCCUUGUCCUUCCACCCAGCCUCACUUCCAUCUCUCCAGACACUGCUCCUCCACCCCCACUGCCAUCCGUCCAGCUCCUGAUCCGCCUCACCUGAGCUCCCCAGCCGGCCCUCACUUCCCCCUUGCAUUCCUGGUUCUUCCCUGCCUCCCUCACCAGCCCGUCUGUCCCAGCCCCUUGCAAAGCCUGUCCUUACCCUCUGCACCCCCAGCCUCUCAACCUGCCCUUCUCUCUCCUGCCUGAUCCCUGGGUCUCCCUCAGAUUCCCUCCUCUCAGACAGCGCCAGGCCGGGGUGGGGCCGGGGUUGGGGUCAAGCCCCGAAGCUGCCCCCCUCCCCUUUUUGUAUAAUUUAAUAAAGAAACGGUCGCGCUUCUGUUUUUAA